AACAAAACACAAGGGAAAAAAACUCUUCCUUUUAACUCUUUAUUACUCCAGGAAUUCACUCAACUGUUCAGCUUCCAAAAGGGUACUAAGAAAAUCCAGAAAAAAGAGAGGCCGGACCAUUGAUCAUCUUUAAGAGCUCACCUGGUUUUCUAGAAAUGGCUUCUUCAAAUCUGUCAACAUGUUCAAGUGCACCACCAAGUUUCUACUUUGACGAGAAAUGGAAGUUGUCGAAGAAAGAAAGUUCAUCGACUUCAAGAAGCCCUCCUUCAUCUUCUUCUUCUUUCGUCAUCAAGAAUUCAUCUGCUUCUUCGAAUAAAAGAUGUGUUUUUACGAGAAAAUGCGCCAGACUAGUGAAGGAACAAAGGGCUCGUUUUUACAUCAUGAGGCGUUGCGUUACCAUGCUUAUUUGCUGGCGUGAUUAAACUGAUUCUUGAAAGCAUAAAACUGGCCUCCUUUGGCUCUUCUUUGAGAUGUUUUUUUUUUCGCCAUUUUUUUCUGGGUUGAUUAGCUAGCUUUAGCAGCUGUGUUUUGGUUCAUCAAUGGCAUCCAAGCACGCAGGCAAGAAGUAGUAGAUAUCAAGUUACAUAUAUAAUUGUAUAUAAAGAGGGUUUUCUUUUCUUUUUCUAUUUGUAAGAGGAUUUGAAUCUCCAUAAAAGGAGUAUGGGUUCUUAAAUCGACUGUUACUUUCAUUGAG